AUUUCUCCCUCCGCAUUUUGGCUCAGACUAUGAAUGAUGAGGCUAUUCAAACCGACUCUCCGGAAAUGUUGACGCCAGAUAUGAAAGAGUUUAGUGAAGAGCAGCCGCUUUUAAAAGCGUUAGAAAGGGCUGCAGAUGAAAUCACUUCCUUUCAAAUGCAACGCACUCUCAGCGAGCAAGGCAACAAUUCCCUUGAUGAACCCAAUGCCAAUGCGCUGCUACCUCAUGUUGCAACAUUAUCAACAUUACUCAGAAGGCUAGACACAUUUCAGGGAGAUCAAACAGCUGAACACUCCAAGCUAGAUGACUUCCCAGACCUCAUCAACCUGUCUAGCCUGGAAUCCAACAAAAAGCCAGCCAUGGAUUUAAGCGCUCUCGACAAGACCAUUUCUCGAGCUGCUAUACUUACUUGCGUCAUAUCUUUAGGAGCUUCACUUCACUCAACGUUGGCUACCUUCACUGGGCAACUGAAUUUGGUGUCCGCUACCUACACUGCAGGUUGGGUAGCCAUGACCAGUUUUUGGGCUCGUUCCACUCUAUCGCUCAUUCGAAAAAACUCCAAAAAGAACAAAUACUUGAUUGAGGCUGCGAAACGAUCUUCCAUCAUUGCUAGUGUGGCCAUCGGCACUCAAUACGCACUAUCAUCGCUCUAUCCAAAUGUUGUACCACCGGCCAAACCGUCGCACACCGUCGCUCAAGUAUUGUGUUCGUGCCUAUGGUUUUUUAUUGCUCGUGUUGAUGAAGAUAAAAAUAAUGCCAUCGGAAGCGUCGAGCAAAGUACCCGCGAUCAACGAUCCAAUAUAAAGUCUUCUUUACAAGACUACGAUGACAAGCGGUCCACCUUUCUAUCCACAUUAGCCAAUGAAGUGGAGGACGCCACCGUUAUGCUGACAGCAACUUUGCAUUACUUUUCACCUAGCCGAAUUUUGGAAGGUUCUCAUGAACUUUUAUCUGCUUGCUCGAUACCUGUUCCGAUUGCCAGCAUUUCGGCCAUUAAUACCACCACUAAACAAGUACGAUACCUCAGUGCGCAACUUCCCCUGUUAGCCCGAUUAUCUCUGGCUCAAAAUGAUAUAGACAUGGACAUAGAACGCAGUACCGUCGAAAACGAAUUUGACAUUGGCGAUAUGUUGCAAGCUGUGGGAGACACUAUGGCUGGUAUUGCUGCUAAACUUGACGUCAAGCUCGUCAUAUAUCAUUCAGAUAAUGCACUUCAUUACACUAAUGUCAGAGGCGAUGAAGAUGUCUUGCGACAUACCUUGAUUAACUUGGUGAGAAAUUUGUUAGACUCAUGCUCCAGCGGCUCCUGCAUAGAGCUUGGAUUGAAUGUUACGGCCUUGACCGGCGACUCCGAAGCUACUGCAUCUAAGCUUCUAAUUACAUUUGCCAUGACCCUCGAAAUGUCUUUAGCCAGUGACAAUAGCAUCCUUCCCAAUGCAAAUCUCACUAGCAUGUUAUUGGCUCACUUAGGAGGUAGCCUUGCUUUGGAAGACAUCGACGACCAUAGUACCAAUUUCGUCAUUCGACUGGAAAUGAAAGAAGGCCAGCAAAUGGAGCGAGUUCAUGAAUCGACAGAAAGACCGCACGAACGAUUACAUCGGCAGUUAUCCAAUAUUCGAUUCUCCGAUGAACCUACCCUGGAGGACUUGAAUGUCUUUGUAAACCGCUUAUCCGGAGUCAAAGUUGUCCUGUAUGCCACCGACCAAAGCAUCUUUGCCAAACAUCUUACCAGUUGUCUCGCCAGCUGGAAUGUCAACAUCAGCCAUGUGUCGGUGUUCAAACCCAUUGACGAUGAAAACUACUUCCGUGCCAGCGACAGUGAAGUCACCACACCAGGGUCUGAGACCAGCGUAGCCCAAAGCUCCAUUUUACAUGUUACAGGAACACCUGAAGUGACAACAGCUCAAGGUGAACACAAUCUCAAGACGGCGCCACCUACGUUCAUCUUAAUCGAUGACGAUGUGCAUACACUUGAACAGCAACUACAUGAAUUUAGAGCGAAUGCAGCUUUGGCUCAAGCAGCUCAGUCAUCUCGACGACACAAGAGAGGAAAAUCCAAUGCCUAUUUGAGCCAAACCACUGCCAUCGUUCACUUCACUUCACUAUCAGAGUAUAAGAAAGUUCGAGACACAAUCAAUUGGUUCAACGCUGUGUCUGUAUUACAUCCUCAUUCAGUUCCACAAAUUAUUGUGGUGCCUAAACCUGCGGGACCUCGCCGAUUCCUUACAGCGCUUCACACAGCUUGGAGUAAUGCCGUCGUGGAGCCCCAAUAUCUUCCUAUUGCUACUUCACCUUCCAGUCCAAUGACGCCUUCCUCUCAAAAAUCGAUCUGGAACGGAGGUUUGAUUCCUAACUUACCGUCACCUUCUCAUGGUCUGGAUGAGUCUGGAAUAACCAAUGAAAGCGGAGUUCACCUUCAGCGCCGACCCGGUAGUGGGAUCUAUAGUCCGCCUAUUGCUCAAACUGAAGAAUCCAAUUACUUCACUGCAACAGGAUCAGGCGGUAAGGUCGGUUCGCCUAGUGGUUUGCAUGCCCAUGAAGUGCAAGGUUCUCCAACCGGUGUAACUACAGCUGAAGGAGUUUUGUUUGAUCCAAGUAACAAGAGUACAGGCUCAAGUGCCAGCAAUGCAAGCAGUUCGCGCUCAAGCAUCACUCGGUCCUUCAGAUCUCCAAGUACUUCAGUUGGUCACAAUACACGUCGACGAUCAAAUACAGAUUUACGUGGUGCUACUGAAGCCUUGACACCUGCUAGUCAUAUCAAUUUACCUGUUGGAUUUCACCAGCCACCGCUCGAUCAAGUCUCGCCAGGCGGUAGUCCACUCAAGAUAUCCAUGACGGCUGUUUCAGACUCACCAGCUGGUACUCCCUCGCCACAUCCUUCCCUUCCCACCCAUCCCACAGAUACCCUCAUCCCUCCUGAAGACAUUGUAGCCGUUGUGUCGCCUUCUAGAAUUCCCCUCGAUAUACCACCACCUGAACUUGCUAUCGUGGAGACACCCGAUAUUUCUCCUAUAGCGAAUAUUCUACCAGCUGCCAAACCUGUGGAAAAGUCAUUGGCUAUUUCUCGAAGAAAGCGAAAGGAGAAGGUUGCCCCAUCUGGUGUAACUAGCCCUCCUAUUAGUGUAUUGAUUGUAGAAGAUAACGUCAUCAAUCAAGCUAUUCUUUCUACAUGGAUGAAGAAACACAAGAUCAAGUUUGGAACCGCCAGUAAUGGUCAAGAAGCAUUGGACAAAUGGAAUGGUGGCGGUUAUCAUCUCAUUCUGAUGGAUAUUCAGCUACCCGUGAUGGACGGUAUCGAAGCAACACAGCGGAUACGUGCCAUCGAAAAAGAACAAAAAACUGGAAAAAUACCUAGACAGACAGUGACAGAUGAACCAUCCGUAUUUCGGUCUCCAGUUAUCAUUGUCGCGUUGACCGCGUCAUCCCUUGCUUCCGAUCGAGAAGCAGCUCUAUCCGCUGGAUGUAAUGACUUUUUAACUAAACCUGUCGAUCUUGUGUGGCUGGAAAAGAAGAUCAUUGAGUGGGGCUGUAUGCAAGCCUUAAUUGAUUUUGACAGUUGGCGAAAGUGGAAACGAUCGGAAGGUGUGGAGCCAAAGUCCACCACCAAACCGGCUGCGCCUGCUGUACUUCCACCCACCACAACACCGCCAAAAGCCGACGGUUCAGCUACGACACCCUCGGUGGCACUUUCCCCAAGCAGGUCUUCUGAUUCGUCUGCUGCUCGUAAAGGUGUACUUCUGCCAGGUGCAUCUGGAAUCAAGCGACGACCGUCUUCGGCGGCAGAAGACAAUACAAAAACUGGUCGACGACCCUUGAGUCGACAUAAUUCUGAACCACAAAUGCAGCUUCAUGAAGUGAACAUCAAGCCCAGUGUCAGCCAUGACACAAGGGCUGGCACGUUGUCACCAAUCAAGGAAGCAAGUGGCUCUUCAGAUGGCAGUGUAAAGGCGAUGAGUGAUCUCGCCAGGGCUGAAUUGCAACAGCAACAACAAACCAACUAACAUAAAAUACAUUCCUGUCUCUUCAUUCCUUUUUAUUCCUUUAUUGUCUUUUUUUUCCACCUCAAUCGCCUGUCUGGUUUAUUUUUUAUUUUUUUAAAAAAUAACCUCGAUCCUUCAGCACGUUGUACAUUUUAUUUUUUCGUUUUUUUAUUACUGUUUUGUUAAAAAUAAAAUUAUCCAGCCAUGGCAUCAAAAUAAAAUAAAAUAAAAAACACACAACACCC